AUGGACCUUUCUAAGACUCCGUCGCCCAUGCAUGCGACGGGAGCCAGCCAGGCUCCCUUACUCGCGAGCGCGGAGGGUGCACGGCUCAAGAGCAUGAACCGCACGACGGGCAACCGCAGCCGUGCAGUGCCGGUGCGAGGCAACGACCUCACCAUCUCUGCGCCCUCGUCCCGACUGAAGCACGACCUGCGCCACGUGCACUUUGACUCCAAGCCUGUUCUGGGUGCGCUGCGAACCAAGCUCGAGUCAGCAAAAGACAAAAUGGACGCAGAGCUCCGCUGCUUCUGUCUCGACAUCUUCCAUCCGCUCUCCCCCCUCGCCCUCCUCCCCUCACACUCGCCUCUCCUCCUCCUCCCCGCUCACUCGCCCCCCUCGCCUUUCCCCGCCCAGUCCUCCGCCCAAUCCCCCCUCCCCUCGCCCAUGUGCCCAUCGGACUCCCCCUGUACCCCUGUCACGCCUGUGCCCAGCAUUGAAGCAGUGACGCCACUCCCUCCCUCUGCUGCUGCUGCUGCUGCUGCUGCUGCUGCUGCUGCCGCAACCCCUACCACCAGCACCAGCACUAGCACCAGCGCAGUUACCCCAAGCACAGGCAGUAUCAGCAGCACAGAAUGGGCAGUGGGCGUGCGUCAGCUAAAAUCCGUCGCAGAACGCUGCCUUGCCAUGUCAGCAGACGAUUUUGGGCGGCAGAGUGAGUCCAUUGUGCAGGAGCUGAACGCUGCCAGACAAGCCAUGCCGCCCGGAAGCCCCCUGCGCCAGCUCAUCAUGAAGCUUCUUUUUGUCCUGACCCGAUGCACGAGAUUGCUACAGUUUCAGAAGGAAGGAGGCGGUGUGGGCGGCAGGCAUAGUGAUGGGGGGGAUGGUGGAGAGAUAAGGGCUAACAGCAUGGGGAAAGACGGGAUGAGUGAGGAAGAAGAAAGAGGAGGAGAGGGAGGAGGGGGAGAAGGAGGAGGGAUGGGAGUUAGUAGUGACCCGGGUGGCACUGCUGAUGUCAGACCUGUUGGGGGAAGGCGAACAGGGGAUGUGGUAACUGCCAGACUGGGAACAUCUGUAACACUGGGUGCAAGGAGCAGGAGGGCAGAGUUACAUGUGGUUACCAAGCAACCAGACGCACCCCUGGUUACCAGACUGUCAGACGGGCAAAUCCCUGUGGUUUUGGAAAAGGGGAGGCCUAGGCGAGUGGUGUUUGGAAGCGACUCACGAUGGGAGGAGGCUUUAAACCUGCAUCGGAGUGGUAAUAACGAGGAUGAGAGCAGGCAGAGUGGGAGUAAGAGGAGCAGUGCAGUUUGGAGUGGUUUGCCGGAGUUAGGAGGGUGGAGUGAUGGAUAUGAGGAGCAACAGCAGCAGCAGCAGCAGAAGAAGGAUGGGGAAAGGCAUGAGGCAGCAGAAGGGGGAGGAGAAGAAGCAGCAGAGGAAGGGAAAGUUAGCAUUGUUAGCAAGGCCCAAGAGGGAGAGCAGCAGCAGCAGCAGCAGCAGCAGCAGCAGCAGCAGCAGCAACCGAGGCCCUCGUUACGUUCCAUCCGCUCGCGGUCCAGUUUCCAAAGCCCCGAGCACAGACGAGCAGCUCUAGCUGCUGCUGCUGCUGCUGGUGCCGCUUCUGCUGCUGCUGCUGCUGCUGCUGCUGCUGCUGCUGCUGGUGCCGCUUCUGCUGCUGCUGGUGCGACUGGUGCUGCUGCUGGUGGUGUUGCUGGUGCAGCUAUCGAUGCUUCUGAUGGUGAUGCUGACGUGGUUGAUCGAGCAGCAGCAGCACUGGCAGCAGCCAUUGCAGCAACCGCAAAAACAGCCGGAGCAGGAGCAGGAGCAGGAGCAGCUGAGCUUGCAGCAUCAGCAGGAGCUCUGGGCCAAUCAGGGAGGAGAACCCCAACGCACACAGACGGCAGCAGCAGCACAACCAGCAGGUCUCAAGGGAGGCUUGAUCACGUGCUCUCACUCUCACUACCCUCCCUCUCCUCACUGCCCACGCUCUCCUCACUCCCCUCCCUCUCCGCUCUGCCCCUGCUGCGUCCCCCUCGACCGCCUGAUGGGAGUGGCAGGGGGCAGAUGGCAGCACAGGAGGCCAUGCGCAGUAGAAGCGACGACAGGCUGUCGCCAGCUGGCUUGGUGGCGCCAGCUGGGCUGGGUGAGCUGUCCCCUGGGAGUGCUGACUUGUCAACCCAUGGGUUGACUGGCUCGCCUCAGGGGUUGACUGGGUCUGCUCAGGGGUUGACUGGGUCAGCUCUGGAGGUGCUGCUGACUGACAGGCUGUCACCACCUGGUGUAACGAGCGAAUCAUGGCUCGAUUUCACUCGGAGCUUCCAGGAGAUGUCUCAGGUGAAUCAGCAGGUUCAUGUGAACCAGCAUGUUCAGGUGGAGCGCAGUCGAAGCAGCGAGAAGCUGCCACCACCUGGCAGAAAGUUACUCCACUGGGGAGGAUCCUUCCAGGAAAGCGGCAGUAGAAUUGCUGCAGCUUCUGCCAAUAUCCUGAGUGGUGGUGCGGGCAUGGCUGCAGAUCUUGCUGCAUGGGACCUGCUGCUGCUGCAGCGGAAGGGGAAGGAGCAGCAGCGGGAAGGGGAAUGGGAGCGGGAGAGGGAAGGGGAGGGGGCUGCAUGGGCCCGCACGCCCCCUCUGAUCCGCGCUGGCAGCUGGAAACGGGGCAGCGGCCGGGUGUCCACUUGGGGAGGGGCAGGAGCCUCAGUGGUAGCAGCAGGGGGAACAGGAGCAUGGGGAGGGGCGGCAGCAGGGGCGGCAGCAGGGGCGGCAGCAGGGGAGGUGAGUCCGAGUCCGAGGAGGCUGACAGCGUCACUGAGUGGGCGACUGGGGGAGGUGCUACUGGCGGUGGAGCAGCAGGCUCAGCGGUUCUCCUGCUCCGCUGGCCUGCUGGCUGUUCCCUCGGAAGGAGCUGCCGGUGGUUUAACUGUUGGUGGUUUAGGUGCUGCGGCUGCUGUAGCAGCAGGGAUGGGUGCUGUAUCAGUAGGGACGGGUGCUGUAGCAGCAGCAUCGCAUGGGAAGUCAAGCAGGUCUCCCCAGGCGAAGGCGAUGGGUGGUGGUGUGGUCGCCUUGCGGCCUCCCAAGUCUCCCCAGGGGGUGAAAGAUGUGCAAGAGAGUGUAGAGGGGGACCACGAGAGUGAGCAGGAGAGGAGUGCAGUGCGGCAAGGCGUGCAUGGCAAGUCAGGGUUAGGAUUAGGGUCAAGAGAGGUGGUCCGAGAGAGCGGAGUGGGGACGUUGACAGAGGCAGAGAGGGGGGGUGCAACAGCGAGCAGAGGGGAAAGAGUAGGGGAUGCAUUGGAGGAAGGGAAAGGUGUGAUUGGGGUGAUAGGAGCAGGGGGUGUGCGAGAGGAUGUGAGAGAGGAUGCGUUUUUGGAAAGAGGAGCUGUGGUGAUGGGGCAUGAUGGCUCUGUUGGAAGAACUUCUGAGGUGGCACCUGAGAAGACACCUGAAGUGGCACUUGAAGUGGCACCUGAGGUGACACCUGAGGGAACAUCUGAAGGUGGUUUGCUCCCAUGUCCUCCGGAGGAGAUUCUUCACCUGCCGCUGGUUCGGAUGAGUCGAGGGAGUGACCUGACCACCCCGUUUCAUGCUCUGCUUCCCUUUGGUGAUGCUCCCUUUGCUGCUGUUCUGCCAAGCCAUGCUGAUGCUGCUGCAGCGAGCCCUGGUGGGUUUGGCGGAACCUGGAGUGCUGCUGCUGCUGCUGCUGCUGCUGCUGCUGCUGCUGCUGCUGCUGCUGCUGCUGCUGCUGCUGCUGCUGCUGCUGCUGCUGCUGGAGAAACAGCAACGGUGGGGGAAGGCCAGCGCGAGACUGGGGGGUUGAGGGAGUGGGAGGAAGGGCAGGUGAAGGGGCAGGUAAUGGAAGUGCAAGGAGAAGAAGUGCAGAUGCAGCAGGGGCAGGUGGAGCAGCAGACGGUGGGUGGUGAGACUGGGAGAAAGGCACCGCUGCAGACAGUGGCUGCAGAGGAGACUUUUGAGUCGACUCAAAAGUCACCUCAUGAGAUUGGGAGAAAGGCACCGCUGCAGACAGAGGACAGUGUCGGGCGGCAGGACAGCGUUGGGCGGCAGGAUAGUGUCGGGCGGCAGGAUAGUGUUGGGCGGCAGGAUAGUGUCGGGCGGCAGGAUAAUGUUGGGCGGCAGGAUAGUGUUGGGCGGCAGGAUAGUGUCGGGCGGCAGGAUAGUGUUGGGCGGCAGGAUAGUGUUGGGCGGCAGGAUAGUGUCGGGCGGCAGGAUAGUGUCGGGCGGCAGGAUAGUGUUGGGCGGCAGGAGGAUUGGAAAGCCAUAGUGGAGGAGUUGAAGGGGGUGGUGGAGGAUGGGACACUGAAGGGCCGGCAAGAGCCAGACGACAUGUAUGGGGAAGAAGGAGGAGUCGCUCAAAGGACAGAUGUGCAAGGCAUGGGAGCAGAUGCAGGAGACACGGGAAUAGCAUCAGGAUCUGCGAUGGGAGAAGGCAUAGGAGCACAGGGAGAGGCAGGAGUAGGGGCAGGGGCAGGGGCAGGAGCAGGGCUGGGGGCGGGGGCAGGGGCAGGGGCAGGGGCGGGCAUGGGGGCAGAGAGGGGACGGGCGAGCAGAAGCACAUCCGCAAAGGAGAAUGCGGAGGAGGAGGAAGCAGUGGUGAUGUGCCGGAUAUGUGAGGAGGAGGUGCCGCUGCGAGACCUGCAGGAGCACUCGUGCCUCUCCAAGCGAACAGCCCUAUCCAACACUUCCUCCCCGGCCCUCUCCCCUUCUGUGCAGGUAACAGGGCUAUCCAAUCCCUCCUCCCCCAAUCUCCUCUCCUCUGCUGUGAAGCGAACAGGGCUGUCCAACCCCUCAUCUCCUAGCCUCGCUGCUCCAGCCAAGCGCACAGGUGGUCUUGCUAGUGCCUCCUUUCCUCUUGCCAGUGCCUCCUUCCCCAGCCUUCCUGCUGCAGCCAAGCAGGCUUCUCUCUCUGGCUCCCCUCCAGUUCUCCCCGCUGCUGAGCGCGCUGCCGUUUCAGACGCCUCCUCCUCUGCAGCUGAUUCAGCUGGUUCAGCAGGGGUUGUGGGAGGGGAGAUGGAGCUUCUGGGAGUGGGUGCGGCAGUGGAGGAGAUUGAUGAAGAAAUCAACGUGCUGAACGACCUAGCGGACAUAGCGGAGGAUGUGGGGGAGGUGCAGGUGGGGCAGGCGGACGCCCUCGCGCUGCUCUCCACCGACAUCCACGACCUCUCCGCGCUGCUGCGCUCGCACGCUGCUCGCUUCCCCUGCGUACAGAUCUUCGGGCUUCGGAUUGCCAUCCUGCUGCAAGAGAAGUACCAGCGAGUGCUGCAGCUUCAAGCAUUUCACAGCGGACCAGAAGCAGCAGCUGCCUCCCCCACCGGCAACCCCAGCGCCACUGGGGGAGCUUGGACUGUCCCCCACUCCAUGGGGAGCAUUGGCGGCGGGGGGAGCAGGGGAGGCGGGGGCGGAUGCGGGGGGGGGAUGGGGGAGAAGGAGCAGCGCACGACUAUUGAUGACUUUGAGAUUAUCAAGCCCAUCAGCAAGGGGGCGUAUGGGCGCGUGUUCCUGGCUCAGAAGAGGACGACAGGAGACUUGUUUGCCAUCAAGGUAGCUGACAUGAUCCGCAAGAACGCAGUGGAGAGCGUGCAGGCAGAGCGCAAUAUCCUUGCCUCUGCCAGGAGCCCGUUCGUGGUGCGCUGCUUCUACUCGUUCACUCACAUGCCCGCCCUCCUUCUUCCCCUCCAGGUCCUCCGCAAGGCGGACAUGAUCCGGAAGAACGCAGUGGAGAGUGUGCAGGCAGAGCGCAACAUCCUGGCGUCUGCCAGAAGCCCCUUCGUGGUGCGCUGCUUCUACUCGUUCACGUGUCGGGAGAACCUGUACAUGGUGAUGGAGUAUCUCGAUGGGGGUGACCUUUUCUCGCUGCUGCAUGCAUGCGAAGCUUUGGAAGAAUCCACCGCCUGCUUCUACACUGCUGAACUGGUGCAAGCAUUGGAGUAUCUACACUCCCUGGGAGUGGUGCAUCGGGACAUCAAGCCAGACAACCUGCUCAUCGCACACGACGGGCAUAUCAAGCUGACGGACUUUGGGCUGUCCAGGGUGGGGCUGAUCAACAGCGCCGGGGACCUCUCGACCAAUCAGAACCCGCCCAUCCCCUCCCACCACGCCUCCGCACCUUCCUCCCCUGGCAAGCUCUUCCCCCACUCAUACAGCGUCAGUUCCGAAGGAGCAGCAGCAGACUCACCGCUCUGGACCGCAUCCAGCCUGCAGGAAUUCCCCUCGCCCCGCUCUGGACCCCCGUCCACUCUCUCUGGUCCCCACUCCAACCCCGCCUCUGGCUACUCCUCCCCCUUGCAUGCUCCCGGAUAUGCCUCCCCGUUGCAUGCAUCUGGUUGCUCUUCCCCUCUGCAUCCUUCGGGGUUAGGAGGGGGAGGGGGAGGAGGCGGAGGAGGAGGGGGGUCGUUUUGUUCCUCGCCUUCACAUUUUGCAGUGGGAGGGGGUGGGGGAGCGGUAGGAGGUGGGGGGGGAGGCGGAGGGGGAGGCGGAGGCGGAGGCGGAGGCGGAGGCGGAGGGGGAGGGGGAGGGGGGAUGCACUGUUCGUCUCCAUCUCAGAUCAUCACGCAGCGGUGGCAGCAGCAGGCUCAGCAUGCCUCCCUGCUGAGACGCCUGGCAGGCGCAGGUGAAGGUAACGGGGGGAGCGGUAGCACAAGCAACGCAUGGGGUAACGGCAACGGGAAUGGCAAUGGCAACAGUGAGAGUGAUGAGCGCAAGGGAGGGGGGGACUGCGUGGAAGACGAGGAGGCAAGCAAGGAGGACGGUGCAGAGGAGGAGAAUGUGGAGGGGCCCAGCAGCGGACUGGUGGUCGGUGGGAGUGCUGCUGUACGAGCUGCUGGUGGGGAUUCCACCCUUCAACGCCCCCUCUCCUCAGGUACCUCUCUCCCCUCUCAUCCUCUCACCCUCUCACCCCUGUCCGUGCCAGAAGACAUGUCAUACGAGGCGAAAGACCUCAUUGACAGGCUUCUCACAUUCGACCCCGAUGAGCGACUUGGUGCCCAGGGAGCAGACGAGAUCAAGAGGCAUCCCUUCUUUCGCGACAUUGACUGGGACACCCUCUCCUCUGAAAAG